AUGAACAUGAGGAAGAGCGCAUACACAGUGCUACGAUUCUCCCUGCUCGUUAUCGGUUUUUCUUUAGUGUGUCUGGGAGCUUUUUACGUAUCCUCCAGCUAUGUUUGCACCUGUGGAAAUGAGUUGAUCCUAGCAUAUUGCCUGUUGCCUUCAGGAUUUAUCCUUUUGCUAGUUGGAAUUUUUUGGAGCACAUAUCAUGAGGCCAACCACAAAAGCAUAUUUCAUAACAUGAUCAGACGAAUGCAUCGUCAACACGAAAUGCAUAUUGAGACCAUAGACAGGCCAGAUUUCUAUCCUCCUUCAUAUGAAAGUGUAAUUCAUGAAAUUCAGCUGCAGACUCAAACAAAUAUGACUGAAGAAAGCCCCAACAUCCCACCUCCCUUGUAUACAGAGAGCACUUUGGACAUUGUGGAUGAGACAUAUAUAUGUGAAGAUCCUCCACCUGCAUAUGAAGCAUCUAUAAAUCAAGCUAAUGUUAAUACAGAGCCCAGCUCAGAAGAGGCUUCAGGUCCUGACAAUGGCCAUGACACAGAAACAUGUGACUGA